ACCAAACCUCUUUGCGCCGCUGCCGAUUCUCUGGUCUGCUGCGAAGUUGUUUUGGAGCGCUGCGCCCGCCCUGGCGCCCGCGGCCACGGCACUGCUGCCGUGCGCCCGGCGGGACGAGUUUGCGCCGCUGCGGAGCAUCCCAAAGCGGCAUGUCGGAGCCCCUGGCCGGAGCCUCCAGGAGAGGAGAGGCGGAGCGCGGGCGGCAGUCCGGCGGCGCUUGAAAAGGGAGCCCCAAAGAAGGAGAGGCGACCUCCCCGGGAAGAAGAAGACGCGAUUUGGGGGGGGGGGGGAGAGAAAGCCAGCAGGAGGGGCGCGGAGCCCCCGGGGCCCCCUCCCAGCUAUGGAAAAUGGUGUGAAGGAGGAGCUUCCCGACAAACCAAAAUGUGAUUCUACUGAAAAAACGAAAUGUGCCUCUACUGCAGACAAAGUGGGCUGGGUCAAAAAGUGCAGCGGAGGCUUCCUGGGACUUUGGAAAGAGCGUUACAUUCUGCUUUGCAAAAGUCAGCUCUUGAUGUAUGAAGAUGAGGAUGAACAGAAGUACGUGGAAACCGUGGAGUUGGAAAACUAUGAGAAAUGCCAAGAGUUGCGCGCUCUCUUGAACAGGAAGCAUCGCUUCAUUUUAAUUCGCUCUCCAGGUUACAAGGUGCACGAUAUCAAAUUUCAGGCAUGUCGUAAGGAAGAAAAGGAAUCGUGGAUGAAAGCUCUUAAUGAAGGCAUCAACCGAGGCAAAAACCGGGUCUUUGAUGAGGUGAAAGUAGACGAAAGUCUCUCUCUGGAGCACGUGACCCGAAGCAGAGCCAAGAUGGGCCAAGGGCGUCGCCCCCCAACCAGAAGCCACCUAAAAGAGGUUGCCAAUGCCACAUCCGAUGGAAUCCUGAGACUUGACUUGGAUGUCCCAGACAGCAGCCCUCCAAAUGCCACCUUGGUAACAAAUGACACUGCUAAUGUAGCCCCUACUAAGGAGCCAAUCAAGGUGCUCAUGCCUCCAGUAAAACCGCCUGCCGAGAAGCCGAAUCAAAAUUCAAUGCCUGAGAAUCCGGAAGUCAAGGACCCUCCAAUGCCUCCUUCUAAGAGCAUCAAGGAAACAGAAGAACCCAGCAACUGUUUGAGCUCGGAAUGUGACCGGGGUGUUCAAGUUGACAAUCCUGAAGAAUCCAACGUUGUCCCAGAGGUAAAGAAUUUGGCGGAGGCUGAUGAUGUCAAAGCUCCUCUCCCUCCUCCUGAAGCCUUAUCUGUUAAGAUGGUGACAUGGGAUGAUCCAGCUUCUAAAUUGCCAGUGGUCAGUAACGGGAAUCCGCCCACAGCCGGCAGCAAAGAAAACCUCCGUGAAGAUGCCAAGGAGGGGGCUAAACCGCCAAACCCUCCUCCUAAAAUUCUAUCGGAGAAGUUGAAAGCCAGCACAAAUUCCCAGGGGGGGGAUUUGAAUGUCAACACUUCCGGAGCUGACCAGAGACCGGAUGACUCAAAUCUCCCUGUGAAUGGAAUGAAUGGUGAAGGGGUUGCAGCAUUGCCUUCCCAGGAGGCAGUCUUUGGACCCAGCAAAGAGGAGAUGCUCUUUCAAGAGCCGAGAGAAAAUUCCUCAUCCCGAGAAGCUAAUGAGGAGAACUCGAGCCUUCCGGCUAAGGAUCCCUUGCUGUUGUUGGAGUCUGUGGGAAAGGCUUCUUCGAAGACUCGGUCAUCCUCUGUGGGGGACCUGCUGACAGAACCAAGCGAGAAGUCUUUCCUGGGGCAGGGUCUCCCGUGGGGAGCGGCCCUCCAGAUCACCCAGGUAGAAAAGAAGGUUGCCUAUGAACGGGAGAGAACAGAAAAGUUGCUGCAGCAGGUGCUGAGCGAGCAGCCCGGCACAGGCAACGGACCGCCGACAAACCGAGAAGCGCUUCUCAGUGUGGCAGUGGAGCGGCUACGGCAAGCCACACAGGUCUUGCAAGAAAGCAAAGCCUCAGAAGAAUCGAGGAAGGAACUUUGGGAGAAGGGCAGCAGCGUGCCGAAGGACCUAGCGACUCUUUAUAGGAGAAGUGUGCCCUGAACUGGGAAGAUCCUCUCCUUUCCAUGCCUUCUCCUUUCCAGGGCCUCACGCUGUCACCUGAGACCGCACGACUACGCCAGUGUUUUUGCAAAUGCAGGGAGGAGGGAGGUGUUUUGCUGUUUGCCCCCAGCUGAAAAUUACCAUUGUUUUUUUGCUGCCCAUGAUGUGAGCUUGCCUCUUGGGUAGGAUUGCGGUCUCCCGGUGGUGGCUGCAGGUCUCCUGCUAUUGCAAUAGAUCUCCAGGCAACAGAGAUCAAUUUGGCUGGAGAAAAUGACCGCUUUGGAAGGACUGUGGCUUUGUACUAGA